AGGGAGGAAAGAAUGUGAGCGUGUUGCCCUGGAAAACUAGAUCUUCUCCUAGAAAGAGCUUUUUCACAGAAAUCGCGACUUAUGUUGAAUGAUAUAAGCGUCUACUUAGUGAACAAGCCGUUACAAACGGGAGAAACCGUCGUGGCAGUCUGAAAGACGAAUAUUAACGUGCUUUACACCUUGUAUAAAAAGCGAAGAAGAAAACUUAGACAUUAAUUUUUAAUUUGAGAGCACUGCGUGACAUUCCAUUUGAAAAUGACCAUGGGUGAUAUGAAAUGAUUUCGCUUUAGUUCGUCCUGUGGCAUGUUGAAUGCUAUAUACCCUUUUUAUCAGCAACUACGUUUGAACAUUCCUGUGAUCGAGCCUAUCAGAGACGUGCUCUUGACGUGUAUUUAUCAUUGACAAGAAUUCACCACAACAAAUGAAUGAUCACCGUUAGAAAUAUUUGAUAUAUAGAAAAUCUUCACCCGUGAAUUGACAGACUUAGGUAGUGUGCGCAAGUAACAAGAGGAGUAAAGGUUUUUGGAAUAUACGCAACGACACCGCGACCCUUUAGCAGCGGCAGAAUCAAGAUCCUUGCAUUGCGUUACUGAGCCAUUUCAGGUUAUGAUCUCAGCGAGUGAUGAUUCAAGCUGAAGUUGUUGUCUGACCGGCGCCUACUGUUCCAGUAAGGCCUCCCCCAGGGGGCGGCAGAGGGCCUCGUCUCCCGAGCCGCGGCAACAUGAAGGUCGAGGCUGGCUCCUUCAGCAUCUCCCUGCCCUCGACGCCGCUGCAGGCCCGAUCCUCCCGCGUCACCUGUGUUGUCGCUGCAACGCUCGCCUUCCUGCUGGGCGUUGCCGUAGGAAUGACAUUACCCAUUGUUCUAGUUCAUUCACCGCUUUCCUCUUCCUUUCAAGUGGAUUUUGACAGGCAAGAAGCUGCACGGGACACAGGAUCCUUCGUCCAACCGAUGAAGGAACCAGAAGGUGUACAGAGCCUCAUCGCACCUGAGCACACCUGGUCACCGUACAUCGCAAGCAAACUAGGCAUCGGCAACGACAGCAGCGGCAUUCCCUCCCUUCGUACCUCGAACGACGUCAGUGCCGUUGACCAAAAUGCCCUUCGAAGCGAGUGGAAGCGAAUGCCCUCCGAGAAUGACUUCCCUAAUGGAGAAGAAGCGGCAGCCUUGUUGAUCGAAGGAGUUUACUGGGGCGAUUCAGUGGAAGAAAAAUUACCGCCAGGAUUUUCUGAUAGUGAAGUGGAUGAAUGGCGCAAAUUCACGCGGCAACAUGCAGUUGUACGACUAGAGGAAGGAUGUGGACGCAUGCAAAAUAGACUGGUUAUCUUUGAAAAUGGUACAAAAUCAUGCUGCCGCUAUCGCCAAAACUAUGACCAAAUUCAAGGAGAAAUCUUCAGUUUUUACCUUAGUAGGUUACUAGGAUUGACUAAUGUCCCACCAUCAGCUUUAGGAGUUGUAAAAGCAGCUGAUUGGCAAUGGUCAAACGUAGGAAGCCAAUUGGCCUUGGCACAGUGGACGGAGGAAAGGCCCGUUGUUUUGACACGAUUCAUUGAGGGUCUGGUUCCAGCCUUCAUUCCAGCAUCUCUGCGGGAAGCAAAGCGACGCUUGCACCCAGUGAACGUAGAAGGCCAAGAUCCAAGGGACAUGACUGAAUUAGCCCAGUGGUCCGACCUCGUCAUAUUCGAUUAUCUCACAGCCAAUCUGGACCGAGUGGUCAACAACUUGUAUAAUAUGCAGUGGAACCCCAAAAUGAUGGAAGCUCCGGCUCACAACUUAGCACGACAUCAAAAAUCAGGAUUACUCGUAUUUCUGGAUAACGAGUCGGGACUGCUGCACGGAUAUCGACUCUUAGAUAAAUACGAGACUUUUCACUCCUCUCUCCUUAAGGCUGUGUGCGUCUUCCGGCGAUCCACCGCUGAGCGAGUAAGGCAGCUGGUACUCCGCCGGGAUGUGGGAGAUCGCCUUCGGAAAAUGUUCCGGCGAUAUGAACCGGACCUGCAGGACUACCUUCCACCGAUACCGGAUAAGUCUAUUAAGAUACUUAACGAACGCUUGCAGAAUGUUCACAAGCAGAUAGCAAAAUGCGAGAAAUGGUACAGAAAUUCAUAAUUGUAAAUUUCUGCAUUCAAAGGAAACCAAAAAUAUGCCCCACUAUCACCUGUGAUAUUGUUAAACUAUGGCCAAAUGUAAACUCCCUCGUGCUAAGAUUGUGCGGCUGGAUCCAUAUGGAGAAUGUAUGUGAAGCGAUCAGUUAUAUAUGGGAGAUGCGUAUGGACCAAUCCUAAUGAUUUUCCCGGAGUCACCCACGGUAGUGAGCUGGCCCUUGUGAACAUAGAACAUGCUCAGACUGAAACUUAGAUGAUGUGUGUGUGUGUGUGUGUGUGUGUGUGUGUGUGUGUGUGUGUGUGUGUGUGUGUGUGUGUGUGUGUGUGUGUGUGUGUGUGUGUGUGCGUGUGUGCAUAUAUAUACAUAUAAGUGUGUGUAUAUAUACACAUAUACAUGUGUAUGUGUGUGCGUGUGUGUGUGCGCGUAUGUGUGUGUGUGUGUGUGUGUUCCCGCGCGCGCGUGUGUAUAUAUAUGUGUAUAUGUGUGUAUAUAUAUGUAUAUAGAUGUAUACAUAUGUAUAUAUAUAUAUGCAAGUAUAUAUACAUAUGUAUAUAUAUGUGUGUGUGUAUGUGUGUCUUUGUAAGGAAGUAGUUAGUGAUUUCAUAACUGAUGAACAGGAAAAACUAUGGUGUCAAACUUGGGUUGCUUACUAUAUUGAAGGCCACCAAUGUCGAAUACUGGAAGAUCAGAAAUCACUAGGGUUGCUAAGUUAGAUAAGGCUUGCUGACUGUAAAGAUACUAAGGCUGAGUAAGAUCUAGAAUAGAGCACGAUACCUAGCCAUUUUGUGAAGGAGAUACAGACACCUUAAUCUGUCGCUUGUGGCGGCAUUUCUAAUAUAUGUUGGAAAUGCCGCCUUGUGAAAGAUGACUUGUAAAAGUACACGAGUGAACUCAACUGAAUUGGUAAAAACACCGGGAAAGUAUACAAGAAAUAAACAUGUUUGUCCUAAAGGGCAAGUAAAGUUAUAAUACAGACAUACGCACACGCACACGCACACGCACACGCACACGCAUACACACAUACACACAUACACACAUACACACACACACACACACACACACACACACACACACACACACACACACACACACACACACACACACACACACACACACACACAUGCACACAAACACUCAUACAAACAUUCACACACACACACACACACACACACACACACACACACACACACACACACACACACACAUGCACACAAACACUCAUACAAACAUUCACACACACACAAACGCACACACGUGCACACAUCCCACUAAACAAACACGCGCGGGCGCGUGAGAGCGUUUCGUACGUCGAGAGUGGAUGCCCUCUGGUGCUGUAAGCAGAAGCGGGCGGAGUUUGACAUGAAAUAACACCAAACUGACACUUAUGGUUUAGCUUUCCUCGAACGACCACUCAAAUAUCAUGGAAUAUGCACGUGAAUAAAUAUUUGAUCAUAUCAUGUUCAACAAAAAUCGCUGGUAUAUGCGGGCAACUCUACUUUUUCGGAAAGAUUCAUGAAAGUGGUCAGCGGGCGGAGUUAAGGUUCGUGAUUAUAGGUUAAGGAAUUGGGGUUGCCAAACACGUUUUUAACAAACACUGAAUUGUUUUUUUUUAUGGGAAAGUAAUGUAAAAAUGGGAUUGCAGAUAUCUUCUUAUAUAUUGUUGCCUUAUACGAGACCUGAAAUCAACGCAUUUUUACGCCGAGAUGUGUUACUUCACAACAGCAAAUUCACGUACUAGUAAAUACAUUUGUGUGUCAUGCCCUCAGAAGGCAAUUCUGGUCUCCGCCUUGCAGUCUUGUGUCCAUGGAAGAUCAUUGGGUGAAUCCACACGCUGUAACACUACGAGAAGCUCACGGGGAUGCUCCCCGGAAGACGCCCGGAUACGGACUCGCUUGCCAACCAUGGUUAUAAUUUUUCCCAGUAUGCACACACACACACACACACACACACACACACACACACACACACACACACACACACACACACACACACACACACACACACACACACACA